CAACCAUGUAGGUAUGUUUUUAGUAGGACCCCGUACGUGGCCGUUUCAUGAAACGCUCCCCCCAUGGACGAGGUUGACGAGGAUGAGGUCCGGCGACAGGUUGCGGUCGCGCUCUACCGCCAUGAGAAAGGCCGCGCACUUGCUCUCAAGAAGCAGCGCGAUAUUCGGCGGGCGGUGGCGCUGCAGACCGCCAAGCAUCGUCGGCGCGAGGCUGCUUGCUGCUCCGAGAUGGCAGCCGAGGACGCAGCCUCCCGCGCUGCCCAAGCCUACUAUUUUGGCCUCCUCCGCGCCGAAGCCGAGAAGCGCAAGUACGACGAGGAGCAAAAGGUCCUGCAGCUCGUAUCAGCGACGCGGAAAACAGCCAAGUCGGCCGGCGCGGUCUUGAGCACGCCAGGCGCCCGCGGCCUCGAGCGUUUGGAGGUCUUGCGCCAGCGCACGGCGACGAUUGAGCGCGACGCCGAGCUCCGACGCACCAUGCGCCCACCAGGGCUGCACCUCGAGGCCCUUCGCGUCCGAACGCUUUUGGCGGCGCACGGCACGGAGCACGCGAUCGAGUGCUUGGAGCGAGCCAUUCACGAGCAGCUUUGGCCCGAGAUGCUGCAUUUGCUAUCGACGACGCCGACACUCGCGGCCGAUUUUGAGACGUCGACGGGCUACACGCCGCUCGUCAUGGCACUCUGCCACUGCAAGCCCAGCAUUGCGCGGACGCUCUUGACCAAGCAUAGCGCGUCCCCGCACCGCGAAACCAAAGACGGCAAGACACCGCUGCUCGCUGCCAUCUGGGGCAACGACGUCGACGGUCUCCGGCUCCUCGUACAGGACUUUGGCGCGAACGUCCGCGCCGAGUCGACGCACUACGUGACGCCACUCCUCUUUGCGAUUGAGAAAGGUCGGCUUGCGUGCGUCCAGCAGCUACUCGCGUUCGGCGCCGAUCCGAACGACGCCAAUGUCGAGGGGAUCACGCCUUUGAUCGCAGCGACAAUGGCGCAGCAGAUCGACGCCAUCGAGGUGCUUUUAGCCGCCGGUGCGCGCUGGGAGAUCCGCGGCAAAGAUGACCGAACGGCGCUCGAGUGGGCGAUUCGGUGUCAGUUUCACGCCUUCCACGACCGGCUCGAGCUGCUGCGCUUCCGCCCGCCCACGCAAAGCACCGAUCGCGACGGAGCGCGGCGGCUGCGCGAGCGACGCGCCGACACCGCCAUUGCCAACAGAGACGUCGAAGGCCUAAUGGGCAUGGUGCGGCGCGGUGAGGUGAGUCCCAACUUUGAGGGACACGCGCAUUGCACGCCAAUGAUUGCCGUCUGUGAAAUGGGCACAUUAGCGCAGCUCCAGUCGCUCUUGGCCCUCGGCGGUCUUGCCAACCAGCCGAAUCAGCUCGGUCAAACCCCGCUGUUGGCAGCGUGCGAGCGCGGGCACAGCGAUAUGCUCAUCUGCCUCGUCAACGUCGGCGCCACCUUUGCUUACUGCGACUUUCGCGGUCACGAUGCAUUCACACAUCUCAAGGAAUUUCCCGACUUGGUGAGCCAAUGGACGCCAUACCGCCGGCAGUUUACGUCCGCACUCACACUGGGCACACCAAGUCGCCUCGCCACCUCGUCGGUGCCGCACCCAUUUGGCAUGCGCACCGAGCUCCGUCCCGAGUCGGCCGGCAUUCGAGUGGCGACGCCACAGCUGCAAUCACCGCCCGAGGACCCGGACGAGCUCGAUGCAAAUACGCAGCACAAGUGGCAGCUGCAGCAAUCGGGCUUGCGCCAGCGACCCGGGAAGCGCCGCGUCUUUGAAGAGGAGCGACACAAGGUGCUUAAAGCGCGGCAAGCUCCACGCCGGAAUGCCCUUGCCGUGGUCCAGCCCGACCCGGAAUCCUUCAUUGCCCGGCCUCUUUGCGGCAACUGCGUCUUGGUCCGCGCCACGGCCUACUGCCAAGAGUGUAUGCUCGCAUACUGCGACAAGUGCGUGAUGGAGCGCCACAUUGACGCGGACAUGCGUCACCACAGCACCGGGCCCAUUACGCUGGAGGACAUUUGCCGCAUCAAACCGCCCAAGCCGUCGGAUCCGCCCGAAGCGCAGCCGCUGUCCAAGAGCGUCAACCAGUCGCUGGACGCCAUCGCUGCGCUGCGGACACUAUUAAGCGCGUCGUGCGAGCCGUCGAGAGCAAUGACACCGGACAUGGACCCGGAGAUCAAACUGCGGCUGCUGCGCGACCGGCGCGAGGAUGAGCGGCGGCGACGCGAAGCCCACUUGGCGUUGAACGUACCGCAGGUCGCGGCUUCCACCGCUGCCGCGCAAGGCUCGUCGCUGUUUAGCAAGCCGAGCGAGGUGCGGCUCGCACGCAACUUUGCGCAACAGGGCAAAUUUGCGAAAGCCGAGGCCGUCCUCCUCGACGCGUUCAACAUGCAAGUCGCUUCGUUUGGCGCGACGCACCCGCUCGUGGGCAAGACGCUGUAUGAAAUGGGCGUCGUCUACAACGCCAAAGGCGAGAUGCGCGAGAGCAGCGCCAAGCUACUGGAAUCGAUAGCGUGCUUUGAGCAGCACCUUCCGCUGGACCACCAUGAUAUUCUCCAGUCGACAACUGCGCUCUUGGAGUGCUGGAGUAACGGACGCGAGUGGGGCCUCUGCACAGCGUUUGCCAAAGGGCUGAGUAUUCAGCGACGCGACGCGCUUGGGCCCAAGCACCCACUUACGCUCGAGGCCAUCGCGCUUCGCGCGAGCUACUGUGCGCAGUGGGAGCUGCAACUCAUGUUCCGCGAAGAUGCCCGGGGCCAGCGGCUUCUCGACAUUGCCACCAACAGCGCGUCGUACGUCGACGCUGCGCAAGGACGGUGGGCUAUCGACGCGACGCAUGACAGUACCUUUGCUUGCGUAGGCGCCACUCGCAGUACUUGGCGCUGCUUACGAGCCCCAAAACAGAGAAUGUUGAGCGCUUCGUUCGCUACGCCGACACGACGCACUACGCCGUGUACAUUGAAUUUUGGCUCGCCGUCCACGGCUUCCAUGUCGCGUGCGACGCGAAAGCGCCAGGAUUCCAGCCAUAUAUUGCCGCGCGGGACCUCUUUAAGGCCUUCUUGAAGACGCAGCGCAUCAAGUGCACCACGGCGACGCUGCGCAACGAGAUCCGCCAGUGUCUUCGCGGCGAGACGAAGGAGACCAGGCCGAUCCGCGACAUCUUCAACAGCGUCGUCGACCUCGUGUUUCAAACGACGUGGAAGAGCGUCUACCUCCCGUACCUCGAGACGUCCGACGGCAUGGCGUGGCAUGAGGCUGAGCACAAGGCAGCCAUCGACGAGUACAAUGAUCUCGUCACCUCGGGCUUGCUCGAGCCACGCACGAGCGACCCAAGCCCACUCGGAUAGCUGUCCACGUUGCAUUUAAGUAAUUUAAAGCCGUGCAUUACAGCCCUUUAGUUAGUCGAAA